UAGAGGAAGAACCAGGAGACUUGUGUGCAUGUAGAGAAUGAUCGAUGCUGAGAAUCUGUGUCUUUAUGCAAAAACAUACUUUAUUAUUUGUAUAAACUUUAAAGUAAAGUGCCUGGAAGGUUCAUUUUACGUUAAAUAAACUAAACGCUGGAUACAUUAGAAGGUUGAAGCGCGGGAAGCCAGAGAAUCUGUGCGCGCGGACAUGUACCGAGGCCGGCCUCCGCCGCGAGGAGGCUACCCGCCGCCUUUUGAAGGCCGAGGACCGAGGCCGCACACGGCACCGGGCUACAGAGAGGACCGGAGCAGGCCCAGGCCUCCGUAUCACCCCGGCUAUCACGACCACGGUCCCCCGCCGGACCCGUACCGCCGCUCCCCGCCGCGCCGGAGGUACCCUUCCCCCGGGUCUGGAAGCCACAGAGGCGGGGAGUUCUGGGCCGGAGGUCCGCCGAGAGAGAGGUCUCCAUCACCCCGGGGUUUGGCUCCCAUUGACCACAACCUUGUCAUCACCGUUGGCAACGAGCUGACCGGCCCGUCUGGCUCCGCCCCCCCACGCCACCAUGACAGAGACUACCCUCCUCGGCCCGAGUAUGAGAGGAGCCGGAGCCGUGGCCGGCCUCAGAGCCGGAGUCCGGACCGGAGCCGAGCCAAGAGCCUGGGCCGCAGCAAGAGUCUGGUGAGGAGCAAGAGCCGGCCCCGCAGCCAGAGCCGCAGUCCGGACCGGAGCCGGGCCAAGAGCCGGGGCAGAAGCAAGAGUCGAAGUCCGGACCGGAGCCGGGCCAAGAGCCGGGGAAGAAGCAGGAGUCGAAGUCCGGACCGGAGCCGGGCCAAGAGCCGGCACCGCAGCCAGAGCCGCAGUCCGGACCGGAGCCGGGCCAAAAGCCGGGGCAGAAGCAAGAGUCGAAGUCCGGACCGGAGCCGGGCUAAGAGCCGGGGCAGAAGCAAGAGCCGCCCUCGCAGCAGGUCCAGAUCCAGGUCCAGGUCCAGGGGGCGGAGCUACAGCCGGGCGGCGAGCCGCGGGCGCAGUAAGAGCCGCCCGAGGAGCCGGAGCCGGAGCUCCAGCAGCAGCUCCUCGUCCAGCAGCGGGAACCAGAGUGACCCCCAGAACCCCCCGAAGGAGUUCAGAGAGCUGCAGACGGCUCGCAGACGCAAGGAGCUGGAGGAGAUGCUGGGCCAGCCCACCAAGUCCAUCCUGAAGAGACGCCACGAUGCCGAGGACUCGCCCUCCCUCAGGUCCUGUGAUUCUCCCCGAGGUCCUGACGGAGCCGGUCUGUCCCGCGUGGCGGAGCAGCUGCUCCAGGCGGUGAGGGGGAUGGAGCCGGUUGCCGUGGCGACCAUGCUGUCCGAGCUGCGCGCCGACCCGCAGAUGGCCCACCGGGCCGGCCUGGACGCCGAGAUCAAAGAGAUCCUCCACCUGCUGGGGAGCGCCACGGCGACGGGCGCCACGGCGACGGAGAGGCCCGCCGACGACAUCGACGACGAGGAGAAGUUCCUCUACGGAGACGAGGACGAGCCCACGGCGCCGGCGCCCGAGCCGGCCCGGUUGGACCUGUACGGUGACGUCACCGAGGACGCGCUCUACGCCGACUACUCGCCGCCGAGGUACGGGCUGCCGCCGGGCGCCACGCCACACCUGCAGGCCCCGCCCACCAGGACAGAGGUGGAUGUCCGGUACGCUGGCCGCCCCCCCACCAGCCCGGACCAGAGCCUGGCGUUGCCGGCGGCAACCGUCUGCAUCCCUCCCGGCACGGAGCCGCUGCCGGACGGCGAGCGCCAGGCGCUGGAGGAGUACGAGAAGAUCCAGGACCUGCUGAAGACCAUCGGCCUGGACCUGGGCGUCUCCGAGAUCAGCAAGAUGGCUGCCCGGACCAAAGAGCGUCUCCACGGCAACAAGCCGGCGCCGAAGACGCCCACGCGGCGCCGGCGCUACUCGUCCGGCAGCUCUGACGGCGCGCGGCGCCGCGGGAGGCGGAGCCACAGCGGCAGCUCCAGCAGCAGCAGCAGCAGCAGCCGCAGCCAUAGCUGGAGCAGCGAGGACGGCACCAAGAGCUCGGGGCCUCCGAAGUCUCACAAAGAGGCAAACAGCGAGCAGAGCACCACCGUGGCUCCACAGCCGCCGCACCAAGAGCCGCUGGCACAAACCCCAGACGCCAACAUGCUGCCCCCGCACCCCGGCGUGCCCAUCCCCACCUACCCCCCCUCGCAGGGUCACCCGGGCAUGCUGGCACCCAGUUUCCCCCCGCCGGGGUACGGCCAGUACGGGAACUACGUGCCCUACAUGCACCAGCAGUGGCCGCCCAUGUACCCGCCCCCCAGCAUAGCCCUGCCCCCCCACAGCCCCGAGGAAUUCCCCCCCGCUCUGCCAUACAAACACCCGUACAACAAGAUGGCCAGCACCGAGCCCAGCGCCAAAGGUUUUGGGAAGACGUUUGCUCCGGACGGCGAGAAGGGGAAGACGAGCAGCAGCCAUGACAGGAGAGUUUCUGAGGAGCAGAACAAUGAGAGCCAGAAACAAAAGGUUUCCCAUCAUGCAUCAGGUUCAGUCAGUGAUUAG